AUUCCGGUCAUCAUGGAUGCUACAUUUUAUGCCAUGGAGCUCGGUAGAUUUAGAGCGAUUGCCCCGCAGAAUGCUAUUAUAUCCAAAGAUUACAGUUGGCUUGAAUUCUUAGAAGUGAAAAUACAGGAGCGCUAUUUCCAGCUUGAUGACAGCAGCAGUACCAUACAUCUGUUAAAGGGAAACAUCAUUCAAAAGUAUACUUCAGCACUCCAGGAGCAUCAGGCCAGCUUCUAUGGUAACCAUUAUGCUGUUUGUUUGCUCAGUUUCCUUCUGAAAGACUCCCAACUAGGUGGCGAGACUGCUCAGAUGUUAUCAUUAGAGGGUGUCUGUCUCAGUACCUGUCCACUACAGAACCUCACCAUACCAGCAGAUCAGAGUUAUGGCAAUGACAAUAAUUACAUAAUGAAGCAAAGAUGGAAACUGGUCGUUAAGAGAAUCUUCUUCGGCUUUCUUGACAACAAAAUUAACAACAACGCUGUCAUAUCAAAGUUCCUGACCUACACAGAAAGAAUUGAUGACCCAAAGUUUGCCGAUUUAGUCUACAGAGUACUGGAGGACUAUAGCUACCUUAAAGAAUUUACCUUUCCUGAGCAGAGAAUCUCCUGUUUCAAGUUUCUACUCCAAGUGCACAAGCAUUCUCAGUAUGAGGUUUCACCUUAUAUGCUUAGUAAAUCAUUCGUCGAUGUAGGACUACAAAUUCAGGCAGAGUUUCUUGGCUUCUUUCUGCCGAACUGGCAAGAACUGUGUCCGUUUUUCAGCGGUCAACAGCUCGCAAAGAUUGUAAAGGUCAUCACGGAGGACUAUAUCAAGAGUGUUGACAAUUUGCCAAAGACGACAAUUGACAUGUUGCUGAGGCACUUUGAGGCUCCCUUCAAACAUAGUGAGGAGAGCGUUGAAUUCCUUAAAUGUUUCCAUGCUAAGGUACAUAGGCAUAAGGCAUUGGAAAAGGUCAUCUUCAACAACAAGAACUACACACCUCUAGCUCUGUUACUUUUGGCCAAAAUGGAACACGAAGAGAUGGACUCAUCCACCUUACCCUUGGGAGAUAUAUUCACGAAAACUGUAUUCAGUCUGAUACAAGAGGUUUUUAAAAGGCUCCGAGAGGUAAUGGACGACUCUGGCAAAGAGUUUGAGACGCUAUUGUCGGAUCUACGUCCAUGUCUUGUGUGGUUUUUCAAAAAAAUUGCAGCUAGUGGCAAAAGCGCUAAACAUAGUAAGGACAUUAAUUGCCACAGGCUCACAAUUUUCUGCUUUCAUGGAUGACAUAGAAACCACUACCAAAAAUAACUCUGCAUUUCUUGUUUCUUUCUUCACAGAAAUGAAAAAGUCGAAACCUCUGUUUAACCGUGCCAAACAAGUUUUAGGAGAGCACCUUAUUGGUAUCUAUCAGUGCCAAUUCCAGAAACGUAUGCAGACUUGUAGUACAUCUUCAUAUAAAAAAAGUGUUGCGGGAAAUGAACGAAGCACGGAAUAACAGCAUACAAUAUGUUGGCAAAGGAAGUGCUCUGUUCAAAAGCAGUGUGACAGACACUAUUAGAAAAAUUCAUCGUAACAAAAAAAGGCUUUUGCAGAUAAUGGAUGAGGAUUUCCCAGAGCUAAGCAAGGAUUCCAAAUGAGGAUGUGUCAGAUAUCGCCAUGACUGUGUUGGGACAGUAUACAGAGCCCACUUGUGUAAAACAUCUGAAAGUUAAGGAAAAACUCAAGCAAUGUAUUGUCUAUGGGAAAUCUUAGACUUGAGGAAAUCUCAAGAGUUGAGAUGUUUUAUACAAGUGGGCCCAGGGCUUCUAGAACUCUAUUAAAAGUUUACUGCAUGGAAUAAUACAAGCGAGUACAUGCGCAGGUGAUCACCGGGCUUAAGUACUGAUUUCCUGCUUAGAUCUUUUCUCUUAUCUGUUGGAUUGAGUCAUGGAAUUAUAAACACCUUGUGGUAACUUCAGAUCAAAGCUGCAUACUACUAUGUAUGACAUUGUUGUUUCAAAGUGACAUUGUUGUUUGACCUAUUUACUAGCACAGUACUGAAUGUGUGACAAGUGUAGGAACCUAAUUUGAAACUUGCAAGAAGAUCAGUCUUAGUCUUGGGAAAUAGUGAUGAGGAACUGGACCUGUCGAAAUCCAAGAUGGCUGCCUGGCAACUACUCUGUUUUUACUGAUCAGCUUAUACAUGAAACAUGUAUAACAUGGAACAUAAUACAGUAGCUCUAACAAACUUUAACUCCCCAAUUCCAUAUGGCCACAUAUUGGCCAUUUUGGUUUUUAGAUCAGUCCUAAAAUUAAAAUUCAGUAUGAAUAACUACAGACAGUAGGAAACUUUCAUGUGAAGUUUGAGAAAGAUCACUCAAGUAAUGAGAAAAAGCGCUAAUAAACUUAAACUCUCAAAAUUCCAGAUGACCACCUCUGAGCCAUCUUGGUUUUUUGUUUUGUCCCAAAACUAGAUAUGCACAUAACUAACAUGACUUAGGACAAUGGGGAACUUUAAUUUCAAGUGAUAUUAGAGAAAGAUCCCUCAAGGAUUUACCGAGAAAUAUAGCAAGAAUUAUUGAAGGACAGAAAAUGAAUCACAUAUGAAGGGUGAUAUGAAUGUUUUGUGUUAUUAUAAUUGAACAAAAGAACUGCACUAACACAAUAUAUAUAAAUCAAAAGUACUCUUUACCUCAAGACCAUCAUUAUGUAUUUCUAUUGCUGUGAUAUCGCUAUGGCGGUUAUGGUACGCAUAUAUAGCGGACAUUGGUAAAACUAUUUCUUUUUAUGUAUAUAUAUGUUAUAUAAAAUGCAUUCCAGUAA